CGGGCGGUUGUCGCACGCACGUGUGCGGGGCCGGGGUGGGGGGGGGGGACACGGACCUGGGGACACGGGGUCACCCCCUGUGACCUCCGCGUGGCCGUGUGUCCUCAUGGCCGUGGCCGUGUGUCCCCCCCACCCUGUGUCCCCCCCACCCCGUGUCCCCCCGUGUCCCCCCCGUGUCCCCCCGUGCCCCCCCGUGCCCCCCGCCCCCCCCGCAGUGAUUACAUCAUCAAGGAGAAGACGGUUUUGCUGCAGAAAAAGGACAACGAGGGCUUUGCCUUCGUCCUGCGUGGGGCCAAGGCGCAGACCCCCAUCGAGGAGUUCACCCCCACCCCGGCCUUCCCGGCCCUGCAGUACCUGGAGUCGGUGGACGAAGGCGGCGUCGCCUGGAGAGCCGGGCUGCGCAUGGGGGACUUCCUCAUCGAGGUGAACGGGCAGAACGUGGUGAAGGUCGGGCACCGCCAGGUCGUCAACAUGAUCCGCCAGGGCGGGAACAGCCUCGUGGUCAAGGUCGUGAUGGUGACGCGACACCCCGAGGCCCCCGAGGGACCCCGGCGCCGCGCCGCCCCCCCGCAGCCGCGGCGCCUCCCGGCUCCGGCCAUUUCCCUGCGCUCCAAGUCCAUGACGUCGGAGCUGGAGGAGAUGGAGUACGACCCCUCCUCGGCCACCGAGAAGAAGAGGACGGUCUAUCAGAUGGCGCUGAACAAGCUGGACGAGAUCCUGGCCGCCGCCCAGCAGAGCAUCAGCGCGGGGGAGGGGCCGGGGGCGCCCCUCCCCCCCUUGGGCAAGACCCGCCCCAAGGGCUUCUUCAGCCCCGAGGGCCCCUUCGAGGGUCACCGCAUGGGUCCGGGGGGCUUCGACCGGCCCUUCCUGCCCCCCGCCCCCCCCCACGGCCUCGUGCUGCGCCAGAAAUCCAUCGGCGCCCCCGAGGAGGACAAGCCCUUCCUGGCCCCCCCCAGCGGAAAAUUCAGCCGCAGCCUCUCGGUGCCGGGGUCCGACGACAUCCCCCCUCCCCCCACCACGUCCCCCCCGGAACCCCCUUACAGCACCCCCCCACCCCCCUCCUUGGGGGGUGCCACCCCGCGGGGGGGGCCGGGGGGGGGCCCUUGGCGCCUUUACAACUUGGGGAGCCGGGGGGGAGCCGGGGGAGGGGGGGGUCCCCCAAAACCUUUACGUCGCAAAGGGCCCUUGGUGAAGCAGACGAAGGUGGGGAAGGGGGGGGCGGGGGGGCCGGGGGGGGGGGUCCCGGGGGCGGGGGGAGGGGAGAAGAGCUCCAUCGCCAUCCCCACCAUCGUGGUCAAAGCCCCCUCGACCAGCAGCAGCGGCCGCAGCAGCCGGGGGAGCAGCGUGGAGGCCGAGGGGGGGUCGGGGGGACCCCCGGAUGGACCCCCGCCUUCGGGGGGGGGUCCUUCGAGCGGCGGCGGCUCCCCCCACCCUCCCCCCCCCACUUUAGACUUCACCUCCCAAUUCGGGGCGGCUUUGGUGGGGGCGGCGAGGCGGGAGUGGGGGGGGGACGCUCGCCGCCGUUCCACCCUCUUCCUCUCCACCGAGGAAGAGGAGGAAGGAGGCGGAGGGGGGGUGGCGGGACCCCCACCGCGCCUCCGCCACUCCAAAAGCAUCGACGAGGGGAUGUUCGCCGGCGAGGUUUUCCCACCGCGGGGGUACCGGGGCGGCAAAGGAUCGGGGGGCAGCGCCUUCAGCAGCGUGGCCGCACCCUUGCACCCCACCGCGCCCCCCACCCCCGCCGCCCCGUUACGCCCCGGCGCCGCCGCUUUGCACCCCGCAAGCGCCCCGGCGGCGGGUUGCAAAGGUUUGGUGGCUUUGCAAGCGGCGACGAUGCCCUUGCAAUCGGCGGGACCCGGGGCCGCUUUGAGCUCCGGGUUGGCGGCGUUGCAAUCGGGUUUGGGGCCUUUGCAACCGGGCGCGGCGGCGUUGCAAGCCGGCAUCGCGGCGUUGCAGUCGGGUUUGGCUCCUUUGCCCGCGGGAACGGCGCCCUUGCAAUCGGGCCUGGCGUCGUUGCAACCCUUGCAAGCCGGCGUGGCGGCUUUGCAAUCCAGCUUGGCGGCGGCGUUGCAACCCGCCGGCGGGUCUUUGCAACCUGGGGUCUCCCCGUUGCAACCUGGGGUCUCCUCGUUGCAAUCCGGAGUCUCCUCGUUGCAAUCCGGGGUCUCCCCGUUGCAAUCCGGGGUCUCCCCGUUGCAACCCGGGAUCGCUCCGUUGCAACCCGGCCUUGCUCCGUUGCAACCCGGCCUUGCUCCGUUGCAAUCCGGGGUCUCCCCGUUGCAAACUGGGGUCUCCUCGUUGCAAUCCGGCGUCUCCCCGUUGCAAACCGGGGUCUCCUCAUUGCAAACCGGGGUCUCCUCGUUGCAAACCGGGGUCUCCCCGUUGCAAUCCGGGGUCUCCCCGUUGCAACUGGGAACCGCGUCGUUGCAAACCGGGGUCUCCCCGUUGCAAACCGGGGUCUCCCCUUUGCAAUCGGCAACGACCUCGCUGCAGAAGGCCCCCUCCUCGUUGCCCCCCGCGCCCCACCCCAAACCCCUUCCUCCGGGCAGCCCCCGCCGAAGCAGCCGCCCCCCUUCCCCUGCAGAACCCUGGGUGCCCCCGCCGCCCCCUCCCUCCUCUUCCUCCUCUUCCUCCGAGGCUCGCUUGGAGCUACGGGUGCGCUUCGCCGAGGCGGGGGGGCUGCUGGCCUUGCCCCCCCCGGCCCCCUCGGUGGACGGGGACGAGGAGCUGCUGCUGGCCGAACCUUUGCCCCCCCCUUUGGAAUUCGCCAACAGCUUCGAGGGGCCGGAGGGACCCCCCGUGGGCGACUCGACGGCCUCCAGCCUCACCUCCUACGACAGCGAGGUGGCCACCCUCACCCAAGGGGCACCCGAAAGCCGCCGGGGGGGCGCCGGGGGGGCGUCGGGGCUCCCCGAGGGCGCCGAAGUCGUCACCGAUUCGGGAAUCGAAGAGGUGGACAGUCGAAGCAGCAGCGACCACCCCCCCGAAGGGGGAGAGGGACCCCCACCCUACGCCCCCUUAGGCGAGGGGAGCGAAAGGGCCCGGGCCCGGGGGCGCGGGGGACCCCGGGGGGGCGAGGGUCGUCGCCCCGAGCCCUGGGACGAGGGAGGACGCGGUGGCAUCGCCGCGGCCUGGCCCCGGGCGGGAGGAGACGCCCCCUUCGCGGGAGACCGGGCCGGCGCCCCGGGGAGACACAGGCUCCCGGACCCCGCCGCCCCCCCGCCGCCCCCCACCAAGGCCCCCCCUUCGGCCGCCCUCUUCCCCAACUGGCCGCCCCCCAAGGCGGGGGCUCUGGGGGGCCUGGGGGGGGCCGGGGGGGAGCUGGACGUGCGCCCCCCGCUCCGCCGCGCCCCCAGCCCCGCCACCCUGCCCAGCGAGCGCCGGGGGAGCCCCGCGCCCCGGCCGGCCUCGCUCCCCACCCUUCCCGCCGCCCCUCUUUACGCCGGCUUCUUCGACCUCCGCGGGGGUCCCGCGGCCUUCGGGGAGCUGCCCCCCACCCGCUCCCUGUCGCCCACCCGCCCGCCGCCCCCGGACAAACCUUUUGGGGCGAAACCUUUGGCUUUUUGGAGCAAGUUCGACGUGGCCGAUUGGUUGGAGUACUUGAACUUGGGCGAGCACCGGGCCCGAUUCUUGCACAACGAGAUCGACGGCACCCACCUGCCCUCGCUCACCAAGGAGGACUACAUCGACCUGGGCGUCACCCGCGUCGGGCACCGCAUGAACAUCGACCGCGCCCUCAAGCUCUUCCUCGAGAGGUGAUGGGGGGCGCCGGGGGGCGCCCGGCGGGGGC